UAAGAGAGUCAAAUCUCGCAUAAAAUGGCGUCACAUAGAGGGUGUCUGCGUGGCGAAGCAGUAACGUUAUAGGAAGUAUGAAAUCUCAGUUCAACUAGAAAAUGUAAGCGAAAAAUAUGCACAUAGCCGUAAUCAAAAAGCAAAAUAAUAUCAGCACAUAUACUAAGGAUACGGCCUUUGGCUCUCACGAAACUGCCUGACGCCAUCUUGGAGAGCCACGUGACGAUGUUUUGUUAAAAUAAUUAAGGUGGGAUUACAAUCUCGUUUUACUAGUAUCUCUGCCGUUGUUCCCAGCUGUGCGGAAAUAAAAAGCAAACUCGAGAAACACAGCUACCUAAUAACUCGUUUUAAUGUUCGGUAAAUGUGCCAUUCCAGAUAUUGUGAAGCGAAUAUUCUGCACCUCCCUCGGAUAAUAUCUUCAUCCAGGGAGUGAAAUCGUCGGGUGUCUGUAGUCGAUUGCAAGAUAAUUGCUGCAAUGUCGAAUUGUGUAGCGUUUCACACACAGAUCGCUUCCAUCAUGGAGGUGCUGGCGAACGCGGCCGUGGCGGAGAUCUGCAAAGUUGUAGACGAUGGAUAUGCGGUUUUACGCUUGGAAAUGUCACAAAGCCAGAAAGAGAACAAAGCUUUAAAGAGGAAAUUGCAGAUGCUGGAGCUGCGGAUCGCCCGAGGGUAUACAGAGAAGAACUCUGUAAAUUUUCGCCCCUUUGGAGUUCAGAGUUGCGAAAAAACCAGAAGAAGAGUCACCGACAGCCAUUUUCCUGGUGAAACGGGGAUCUUUGCAGGGCCUUCGGCCACACAGAGGAGAGAUGGGGAGAUUACGGUUGUGGAUGAAGACCACACACCAGAGCCGCCUGUCGUCCAGAGAGACGAGGUCAAUGCAACUAAUUACAGCACCGACAUGUGUGCAGACAUGGAGGAGGGAAGGACUGACUCUGUUCUUAUAAAGGAAGAGAGACCAGAAGGGGAUAGAGACCCACAGAGAGAGAUGAACACUGGGAAGGAGAGAGCUGUGGAGUGGAGGGCAGGCAGCAGGGAAAAGCGUCCCGUUCAGGAAACGCAGAAUAAAGCAGCGAAUCACACAGAGGAGCUCACUGAGCAGCACAGGACCAGACGCGGUGUUUGGGAGGGCGCCGACUCGGAGGACGGAAACGCCGAACUGGUCCUGAUAAAGGAGGAGAGACCGGGAACGAGCCUUCAGAAGAGAAACGCGCAGGGAGAGCCGAGCCACACAGAGCAAAGUGCCUUCUCCAAAGGAAGACCUUCCGGAGCUGUGGAGAGGGGUGUGGCUGUUGGGGGAAGAGCCCCCGCCCUGAACCCGCAGACGGCACCUGCCCCCACCCUGGAGGAGCUGGUCGAGCAACACGGCCCCCCGGGCAGCCUUUGGGAGUGUGCAGACUUGGAGGAGGGAAGGACUGACUCUGUUCUUAUAAAGGAGGAGAGAGUGGAAGAGGACAGAGGCCCACAGAGAGAGAUAAACACCAGGGAGGAGAGAUUGGUGGACUCGGGCUCUGACCAUUUGGGACAGGCUCCCUCUGUGGAAUCGCAAGCUCCACCCAUGAUGUACAGAGAGACCAGGCACUGCAUUUGGGAGGUCAGUGGACUGGAAUCUCCUCUUAAGGGAGAGGCAGAGACAGAGAGUGCCAAGACCCUUCAGCACACAGGAUGUGAGCAGAGCACAGGAAGACUCCACAGUUCCUGUCCUGAGUACUUAAUGUGUGAGAGAACUAGUCAACUGAGGACUUUCUGUACACAGGGGGCUGGUGAAACAGAGGCUGAUGUUCCCUCCUGCUCUUAUGCUACAGAAAGCAGCUCUGAGAGCCUGUCCAUUCACUCAGGGCUGCAGUCACUUCCUCCCCCAGGGAAAGGUGCUGGCAGUAAUCUUUCAUUGGGGCCUCUUGAUGGGAAACCAGAGGCUGUAAUGAUAGAUUCACCGUCUGAAGAGGAGGCUGAGAUGCACUCUGCAUGGAAUGAAGAGACAAUUUCCAGAAAUCUUGUGUCUCAGCACAGACAUUACAGUGAAGAGAGAGAGAGAAUGGAAGUCAUCCCAGGCAAUAUUGACAUGUGUCCCCCAUAUGCACAAAUGUCAGUGAGAGAGAGCACUGAAGCAACACACAUCCUGGCAUCUGACAUAAACCCACACAUGCCCUUCGAUGAUGAAAUAUCGCCAGCAAAGGGCAUCAGUACACACAGAGUUGCCAGAAGGGAGAAACUGUUCAUUUGUACAUACUGUGGCAAGGCUUUCAAUCGUCCAAAAAAGGUAGAAAUACACCAGAGAGUCCACACAGGAGAGAAACCAUACAGGUGCACAAUUUGUGGGAGGUGUUUUGCUGAGGCAGGUAAUCUUAAAAAGCAUUUGAGGGUUCACACGGGAGAGAAACCAUUCAGAUGUACAUCUUGUGGGAGAAUGUUUGCCUCCAUACAAAACCUUAGAACUCAUGAGCAGAGAGACCAUUAACCUGAGUUUAGUGGAAAAUUAGUUUCUUCGGUUAGGACUGCUGAGGGGUGGGAACCUGUUGCACACCUGUAGAUUGUUUGUAUUGUGCGAAUUUUGCAGAAUUUGUGCUUAAUUCUGUUUUUAUACAUUAAAUUAAAUUUCAUCAAAAUCACCUUCCAAAUCUGCGCUUCCAUUGUCAAACCCAACACAUCGACGGAAAUGUGUUUCUCAGGGUAGCAUAAGCUGUGUCAAUGACAGCACAGCGGUCAAAUAUAAUAGUUCAUAACAUGCACAAUUCAGUGUAUAUGUGUCAUGUGAAAGCGACAGGUAUCACCUGCAUGGUUAUCUGUAUUAUUGUGAUUGUUAUUUAUAGCAUGUCUAUUUCCGGCGCUAUAUGAAAUAAAAACUGACUUCAACCGUUAUUUUGAUCAUGUCCUUGUAAACAAAAUGU